CGCACAGGCAGGAAGUGUCCGGAGCAUCUCCCGCCUCCACGCCGAAGCAAAGAGGUUCUAUCCGGGGCCUUGGCGCUUCUCUUUCCUUUCGCGCCGGUUGCCGCUGCGGAGUGCGGCGGGUCCAUGUGCGCAGUGUGUGGCGCUAUUCCUGGCCCAACAGCACCCGUGCCCCGGGUUUGACCGAGUCCGCGCCGCGAUGGACCCCAACACCAUUAUCGAGGCCCUGCGGGGCACCAUGGACCCAGCCCUGCGCGAGGCCGCGGAGCGCAAGCUUAAUGAAGCACACAAGUCUCUGAAUUUUGUUUCAACACUGCUCCAGAUUACAAUGUCAGAACAACUGGAUUUACCUGUGAGACAGGCAGGUGUUAUCUAUUUGAAAAAUAUGAUAACACAGUAUUGGCCUGAUCGGGAAACAGCACCAGGGGAUUUAUCUCCUUAUACUAUACCAGAGGAAGAUCGACAUUGCAUUCGAGAAAAUAUUGUAGAAGCUAUUAUCCACUCUCCUGAGCUCAUCAGGGUACAGCUUACUACAUGUAUUCAUCACAUCAUCAAGCAUGAUUAUCCAACCCGCUGGACUGCCAUUGUGGACAAGAUUGGCUUUUAUCUCCAGUCUGAUAACAGUGCUUUUUGGCUAGGAAUUCUCCUAUGUCUUUACCAGCUUGUGAAAAAUUACGAGUAUAAGAAACCAGAGGAGCGGAGUCCUUUGGUAGCAGCAAUGCAACAUUUUCUGCCAGUUCUAAAGGAUCGUUUUAUCCAGCUUCUUUCGGAUCAAUCUGAUCAGUCUGUUCUCAUCCAGAAACAAAUAUUCAAGAUCUUCUAUGCUCUCGUUCAGUAUACAUUACCACUGGAGCUGAUAAAUCAACAGAACCUGACAGAGUGGGUAGAAAUUUUGAAGACUGUUGUGAAUAGGGAUGUACCUAAUGAAACCCUUCAAGUUGAAGAAGAUGAUAGACCUGAAUUACCAUGGUGGAAAUGUAAGAAGUGGGCUUUACAUAUUUUAGCCAGGCUUUUUGAAAGAUAUGGAAGCCCUGGCAAUGUUUCCAAGGAGUAUAAUGAAUUUGCUGAAGUAUUUCUGAAGGCAUUUGCUGUUGGUGUCCAGCAAGUUUUAUUGAAGGUAUUAUAUCAGUACAAGGAGAAGCAAUAUAUGGCUCCUCGAGUUUUACAGCAAACAUUAAAUUACAUUAAUCAAGGAGUUUCCCAUGCCCUUACUUGGAAGAAUCUGAAGCCUCACAUACAAGGCAUUAUCCAAGAUGUUAUUUUUCCGUUGAUGUGCUAUACAGAUGCUGAUGAGGAACUUUGGCAAGAAGACCCUUACGAGUAUAUACGCAUGAAGUUUGAUGUCUUUGAAGAUUUCAUUUCUCCAACCACUGCUGCCCAGACACUUUUGUUUACAGCCUGUAGUAAGAGGAAAGAGGUAUUGCAGAAGACUAUGGGAUUUUGUUACCAGAUUCUUACAGAACCAAAUACAGAUCCUCGAAAAAAAGAUGGAGCCUUGCAUAUGAUUGGCUCUUUAGCUGAAAUACUUCUGAAGAAAAAAAUCUAUAAAGAUCAGAUGGAAUACAUGUUACAGAAUCAUGUGUUUCCUCUCUUCAGCAGUGAACUAGGCUACAUGAGAGCAAGGGCUUGCUGGGUACUUCACUAUUUUUGUGAAGUAAAGUUCAAAAGUGAUCAGAACCUACAAACAGCAUUAGAGCUGACAAGAAGAUGUCUGAUUGAUGAUAGAGAAAUGCCUGUUAAAGUGGAAGCUGCCAUUGCACUCCAGGUGUUGAUCAGCAAUCAAGAAAAAGCUAAAGAAUAUAUCACACCAUUUAUCAGACCUGUAAUGCAAGCUCUUCUUCAUAUUAUAAGAGAAACAGAAAAUGAUGAUCUUACCAAUGUAAUUCAGAAAAUGAUCUGUGAAUAUAGCGAAGAGGUUACUCCUAUUGCAGUAGAAAUGACACAACAUUUGGCAAUGACAUUUAACCAAGUAAUCCAGACUGGGCCAGAUGAAGAAGGAAGUGAUGACAAAGCAGUUACAGCCAUGGGAAUUCUUAAUACAAUAGACACACUUCUUAGUGUAGUUGAAGAUCAUAAAGAGAUAACCCAGCAACUUGAGGGAAUCUGCUUACAAGUCAUUGGCACUGUUUUACAACAACAUGUCUUAGAAUUCUACGAGGAGAUAUUUUCAUUGGCACAUAGUUUGACAUGUCAACAAGUGUCUCCACAGAUGUGGCAGCUACUACCCCUUGUCUUUGAGGUCUUUCAGCAAGAUGGCUUUGAUUACUUUACAGACAUGAUGCCUCUUCUGCAUAAUUAUGUAACAGUUGAUACAGACACACUUCUGUCCGAUACCAAGUAUCUUGAAAUGAUAUACAGUAUGUGCAAAAAGGUUCUUACAGGAGUUGCUGGGGAAGAUGCAGAGUGUCAUGCUGCAAAAUUGUUAGAGGUCAUCAUUCUGCAGUGCAAAGGGCGUGGCAUUGACCAGUGCAUUCCCUUAUUCGUGGAAGCAGCUUUAGAGAGGCUGACAAGAGAGGUUAAAACAAGUGAACUUCGAACGAUGUGCCUGCAAGUUGCAAUUGCAGCUUUGUAUUAUAAUCCACACCUGCUGCUCAAUACCUUAGAAAAUCUUCGCUUCCCUAAUAAUGUUGAACCAGUUACAAAUCAUUUUAUUACACAGUGGCUUAAUGAUGUUGACUGUUUCUUGGGGCUUCAUGACAGAAAAAUGUGUGUUCUGGGUCUCUGUGCUCUUAUUGAUAUGGAACAAAUACCACAAGUUUUAAAUCAGGUUUCUGGACAAAUUUUGCCCGCUUUUAUCCUUUUGUUUAAUGGAUUAAAAAGAGCAUAUGCCUGCCAUGCAGAACAUGAGAAUGACAGUGAUGAUGACGAUGAAGCUGAUGAUGAUGAUGAAACUGAGGAACUGGGGAGUGAUGAAGAUGAUAUUGAUGAAGAUGGGCAAGAAUAUUUGGAGAUUUUGGCUAAGCAAGCAGGCGAAGAUGUAGAUGAUGAAGCUUGGGAAGAAGAUGAUGCUGAGGAAACUGCUCUGGAAGGGUAUUCCACAAUCAUUGAUGAUGAAGACAACCCUGUUGAUGAGUAUCAGAUAUUUAAAGCUAUCUUUCAAACUAUUCAAAAUCGUAAUCCUGUGUGGUAUCAGGCUCUGACUCACGGUCUUAAUGAAGAACAAAGGAAACAAUUACAGGACAUAGCAACUCUGGCUGAUCAAAGAAGAGCAGCUCAUGAAUCCAAAAUGAUUGAGAAGCAUGGAGGAUACAAAUUCAGCGCUCCAGUGGUGCCAAGUUCUUUCAAUUUUGGAGGCCCGGCACCAGGGAUGAAUUGAGUUACCACUUUCUUUCCUGCUGUGUGGUUGUAGUGAAGAGCUUGUGUUCCUCCUUGUAGUGGUUCCAGAACUGGUUCGUGUUAUCUACUCUAAACUAAUUGAUCAAUAGAUGGACAGAAAAAAGGAAGAAACCCAGGAGUUGGGACCUGAUCAUGCAACCUGGCACUGGAUGAGAAACCAGAGGGAUAUGGGGGAGG